AUGUAUCAUCCUCAUCAUUCACGUGUGUUGAACAUAAGACCUCCUCCCACUAAUAACUGGAGACAAAUAGGACUAGACCAAAGAGAAGAAGAUCAUGAUGAUCUGAUCAGCUCUACUUAUACAAAUGGUGGUCGUUGCCGGAGACUGCAGCAACAGAAGGGAUUGAGUCAUGAUCUUCUAAAGUAUAAGGGUCCUAUUCACUGUGCUCGUAUGAUCAUCCGGGAUGAAGGUAUCCUUGGGCUCUGGUCAGGGGCUGCUCCAACUGUUAUGCGCAAUGGGACGAAUCAGGCUGCCAUGUUUACAGCCAAAAAUGCCUUUGACGUUCUCUUGUGGAAGAAACAUGAAGGAGAUGGGAGGGUCCUGCUGCCAUGGCAGUCUAUGAUAUCGGGUUUCCUUGCAGGCACAGCAAGUCCCGUUUGCACGGGUCCCUUUGAUGUUGUGAAAACAAGACUGAUGGCUCAGAGCCGAGGUGUGGAUGGCCAGAUGAAAUACAAAGGCAUGAUCCAUGCUAUCAGGACAAUAUAUGCAGAGGAAGGGCUUCUUGCCUUGUGGAAAGGACUGCUGCCUCGGCUCAUGAGGAUACCACCUGGGCAGGCCAUUGUGUGGACUGUGGCUGACCAAGUAAUAGGAUUGUAUGAGAGAUUGGCAGCUUGGCAGGAAUCCAUGCGCCUGGUAUGGAGUUACAUGCUCUAUGGGCCGAGCAACUCAGCUUGAUCUCACCAGGAUGUGCUGGCACUGGAGAUCUAGCAAGCAUGCCUAAAAAGUGAGCCUAUGCUAGAGUAUAUUUAUUGAAAAGUGGGAUACAGCAAGUUGAUCAGCCUAGUGGAAAGCAAAAUCCUACAUGGAAGUAAAGGAAAGUGCUGAAGCAUCUUUUGAUGAGAACAGCAAAACCCACCGAAAGAAUAAGCGAUAAGAUCUCUGCUCCCUUAUCUUCUCUAUUAUUUCCUAUUUCCUCUAAGUAUAUAUAUAUAAUAUACUAUAUUUAUCUGCCAUUCUAUUACUAACCUUUA